UGUAGAGCAUAUAGCAUGCUGAGUCUGACAAAUCUUAUUUAAAAUUUAAAGUGAAAUCGGAUCGAGGGGCCCCCCGCCCAAACUUGGCGCCUCAUCAAGCGAAAAAUUAGCGGAAUCUCCAGCGCCGACGUCGAGGAAACUGACAGAGCAAACAAGGCGACACCUCAAAAAUCAGAAUGCGAUAAGCCGCCGUAGGUGGAGGUGCAAACAAACCCGAAAACCCGAGCCCCAUAAAUGUAUCCACUGGGGCCGGCCGGCAAGUCAGUUGUGAUUUAGCUACCGAUUCAGGUGAACUGCGUGCUCUAACGUCUAGAAAUCCACAAUGGCCACAUACGAGCAGGUUAAGGAUGUGCCCAACCAUCCGGAGAUCUAUUUGAUCGAUGUCCGGCGGCCGGAUGAGCUAAAGCAGACGGGCACAAUUCCAGCCAGCAUCAAUAUACCCCUGGAUGAACUGGAGAGGGCUUUGAACCUAGAUGGAGCUGCAUUCAAGAGCAAAUAUGGCCGAACUAAGCCGGAAAAAGGAGCAAAGAUUAUAUUUAGCUGUCGGUCGGGUAAUCGGGUUUUGGAGGCCGAGAAAAUUGCCAAGGGACUGGGCUUUUCCAAUGUGGUGAUCUACAAGGGCUCCUGGAAUGAGUGGGCCCAAAGGGAGGGUCUCUAAGGACUUCGACUUAUAAUUUGUUUGAUUUGAAAUUAUAAUAUUAUUAGUAAAAUGGGUUAUGGAAUAAAUAAAUACUUUCUUAUUGGCCUUAAAAA